AGUUUUCAUGAUUAUUCCUCAGACUUUUCCUUUAUUUGAUCUGAUUAUUAAUUUCUGCUGGUGCAUCGUUGUCAAAGACUUCCAGUCUACUUGCUCCUAAGAAACUUUGGGAUCCAAAUAAAAUCUAUACAUGUCAGGAUAACCUGUUCAAUGGUGCUUUGUUCCAAAAGGCUGCUUCAUUGUUUUCAAACAGAGAAUGUAGGAAGAAGGGACAGAUGAUUCUUCAUCAGAGGAAAAGAGAACAGCUUCAGAAAAUAUGAAAUCCAAGAUUGUUACGGGCUAUGUUAGGUUGGGUUACGUUAAACUGGGUUAGAUUAGUUUAGCUUAGCUCUGUUUAUCUAAGCUUAGCUUAUUUGGAGUUUUUAAAGACAAUUAUAAUUACAGAGUACAUGUUUAUGAAUUAAUACUGAGUAUAGUUUAUGUUAAGUAAAUGGUUUCAGCACUCUUCUAGCACAGCUUACAGUUUUCCAAUGUUUAUAUUUCUCCCUGGAUUUUUGAUUCAAGUAACAUCAAUGAAGAAGGAGGGAACAUGGACGAAAUCUCUGGAUCACCUUCUUUCCUCAUAAACGCAAUUAUCCCUGUUCCCUCAGGAAACAAAACUGAUGCAGAGUUUGAGCUGAUGCAAUGUGAUGACAUUCUAGACAAUGAGGAGCUCACCUGCCUUUGCACCCCUACAAUCAGCCAGGAUGCCCUUUCAAUGUAUCCCUCUUCUUGGUGUUCCUGUUCAGACUCAGAGACCUCAGAGGUGAUCACACCACUUAAUCAAAAGAUUGAUGAGGACAUUAACAUAUGCCAAAGCUACUUGCAUACAGACAACUUGGAGACAAAGCAGAUGAUUUUGGAGAAAAAGAGGAAGUCUGGAUUGCGGAGACAGGAACAACCUCCAGACUUUCCACCAGGUUAGACGAGAGCGCAAGACCUGCCUCCAGGGCAUCUUCUUCUGCUUCUUCCACCACGGUAGCAAAAAUGUUCGUCUCCCGGGUGAUUGAUUUGUCUGUCAAGACACUGCAGUCCACUGUGGCUGUCAGUGGCCAUACAAGCCUCUCUGGAUGGAGGAUCCUACAGUGUCACUGCUGCUACCAAAAGACAGGGAAGCCAAGAAGACUUUGGCCAAUAAAAUCCUUCCUCACAGAACAACACACUGCAAUAAAGAGGGGGAUUCAGACUGAAAAAGGUCUAAAUGACAGUAAAAAGAUGAGACACCAGUGGGAGGAUGUAAAGAAAGGAGCAAGAAUCGUUGAAGAAGUGUUUCAGUGGAUGGCAAGGAAAAAGAUUCAUCUAGCUCCACUCACAGAUUUGGAUGAGGCCGUCAGGUCAGGUAGCAUUGACUUGACAUUGAGCACUGGAGAGAGCAAACCAGGCUCUUCUUGUUCUCAAGAGACGUCCUCCACCGCCUCCUCUACUGCCGCUGUAGGAGCAGACCUGAGGUCCACUCGGCUAGAGUUGGCGAACUGCACUGAGAAAGAGGACAAGACACCAGAAGACAUCAAAAUUGAUGUUCCAUCUCUGUCUUCCACCAGCUCGUUUCCAGAAGAUGAUCAGGUCACUUGGUUCAUAUGCAUCAUCUGAGUGACCUGAUGAAGCUCAGGUGUCCCUGGACCGAUCAGAGGAGGAAGUUAUUGCCUGUCAGUCUAGUGACAGCCUGAAGACAACACAGCGGCCAGCAGCAUAAGGAAAGUCUAGGUAUCCACAAGAGGAUGCGUCAAAAUAAACACUGUGACCGCAGUGCUCCAUUACUAGCUGACACAUAAGUAUACAAGAAACCCUUUGAAAAAGAAACCGUUUG